UGCACACGCUUCCAAUGAUUGCAGCAGCCUGCAGAGGAGCAAAGUAACACAGAAGAGCUGCCGUGGGUUUGGACGACUCAGAGCAGACGGACAGGUAUUCAGCAUGCGCGCCCUGGUGGUUUUGCCUCUGGUUUUGUGUGUCUUGGUGUGUGUGGACCAGGGAAGAGCAGAGGUGAAGCCUGUGAAGCUGUGUGGCCGGGAGUUCCUGAGAGCUGUUGUCUACACCUGUGGAGGCUCCCGCUGGAGGAGAUUCUUGACAGAUCCAGACAUGAAUGGUAUUCCUGCUGCUGAGCAGAACAGCUUGGACAGCUUCAGCAGCUCGGGCUCCGAGCUCCGGGAUUGGACAAAACGGGACAACAACGGCUUCCUGACUAUGAUGUGCUGUCAGGUGGGCUGCAGCAAAAGGGAUCUCACUUACCUCUGCUGAGGUUGACUCCUUCGAUUUUGAUUCUGGUCCUUGGAGAGGUCCAAAAGACUAAAGAAAUGAAUCUGGGGAAAACCAAACCUCAAUAAAUGUGUGAUCACUUAUAAGUUUGAACAUGUAACUGUGAAUGUAUCUGAUUAAUGUGUGCAACACUGUGUAUAGUACUGGAAUAGCAAAUAGUCGUAAAAUCAGAUUUAGAUUUUUCAUAAACACUUGAAUUGUUUUCUGUUAUUUCACAAUUGUUCAGUAAAUUCUCUUGCACACAA